CCAAGAGUCAGGCUGCGCGCAGUACCGGGGAAGGGGUUGGGAACUAAACUUUUUCCUGUCCCAAAAUGGACACGCUCCCCAGAGGUCCAGCUUAGCCCCUAAGCACCAUGUCUGACAGCGAUCUAGGCGAGGAUGAAGGUCUCCUGUCACUGACCGGCAAGAGGAAGCGCAGGGGGAACCUGCCCAAGGAGUCAGUAAAGAUCCUCCGGGACUGGCUGUAUCUGCACCGCUACAACGCCUACCCCUCAGAGCAGGAGAAACUAAGUCUCUCGGGACAGACCAACCUCUCGGUGCUACAGAUAUGUAACUGGUUCAUCAACGCCCGGCGUCGCCUUCUCCCUGACAUGCUUCGGAAGGAUGGCAAAGACCCUAACCAGUUCACCAUCUCCCGUCGUGGGGGCAAGGCCUCGGAUGUGGCUCUCCCCAGGGGCAGCAGCCCCUCCCUACUGGCUGUGUCUGUUCCAGCCCCCACCAACAUGCUCUCCUUGUCUGUGUGCUCCAUGCCACUCCACUCAGGCCAAGCUGAAAAGCCCGCAGUGCCCUUCUCACAAGUGGAGCUGGAGUCUCCCAAGGCCCUGGUGACCCCGGGUAGCACACUCACCCUGCUGACUAGGGCAGAGGCUGGAAGCCCCACAGGUGGACUCUUCAAUACGCCACCACCCACACCCCCAGAGCAGGACAAGGACGACUUCAGCAGCUUCCAGUUGUUGGUGGAGGUGGCGCUGCAGAGGGCUGCUGAGAUGGAGCUUCAGAAGCAGCAAGAUCCAGCACCACCGUUACUACACACUCCACUCCCUCUAGUCUCAGAAAACGCCAAGUAGCCACCUGCUCGCAGGUGGCUUGAGGUUCAGGCCAGCUGUCCCAGGUUCCUGGUUCACUUCUCUUUCAUACAGAGGGUUAUCUAUGUACGGAUCACUGCCAAGCAUCAGGGUCAUCUCUGUCCAGAGGUCCUCAGCAGAAAGAUGUCAGCUGAUGUUGCUGCACUGUUACGGGACCUAUACUCUGCUGAGUGCCAUUCCUUCAAGCAUCCUCUCCGAGGAGACCAAGGCACCAGAGCCAGGCGUAGUGUUGCUGCUUCUCCAGAGAGCCCUGGGACACCUGCACUCCAGCCUGCUUUCCUAGGCAGGCUCAGGAAACCUGCCAAGUUCAGACUUGAGCUGGGUCCAAGCUGCCCCUAAGCUGUGCCUCUUUUGGUCGAGCCAGGUGUGUGCACAUUCCAACCGAUUCAAAGGACAAAGGAAAAUGCCCAGCAGAUGUCACAGAACCGACUCCAGUUGAAUGUUUAGAUUUUUGCGAAAUUGUUUUAUUUUCCUUUUGCUGUGGUUUGUGUUAAUGGCAGUUGGUAGCCCAGAAGCACAAGUGUGGGGAGAGAGCACCUUACAGGGUGAAUGGAGCUUGCUAAGUGGGGUAAUCUAUGGCUGCAUAAGGGUGAUUGUAUGAGGGACCAGCAGAUUCUCUGCAGUAGUGCUGCAUGCAGACUAGAGUGCUUGUUUAAUUCUUGGUUUGGUUUACCCUGUUAUAAAAGACAGAAGGAAAAUAUCCAUAGGUGGUGGGUUAUUUGCACCAGACACAGACGGGGAUAAAGCCACAACCAAGUCCAAGCAAACCAGACAGCCAUUUAGACUCAACGGAGACAGAUGAGAAAAUCAGAGACACACUUGUUUCUAUUGCAUUUUGGGGUGGUUAAGCUAGACUGAAACAGUUUUGGUUUUUUUUCUCUGUUCUGGGUAACUCCCCCCUUUCCCCUCUUUGUAGCUUUUUUUCGAAUUUAUACUGGAGCUUGGCGAGAGUGUCAAGUGCCAGCAUCUCCUCCUUGGGGAAGAGUGAGCCAUCUGCUGGUCAGGAGGCCCUUCAGCCAUGCCACUUGUUCACAAAGGCAGCUGGAACCUUUUUGGAGGAGAGAGGCUAGUGAGGCUACAGACUGGCCUGGCCGCCUGGGAGCUGUGUCUGUUUCACCUCCCUUCAAGUUGGGAUUGCAAGGGCCUGCCUAAAUUUCCUGGGGAAAUAGACCACACUUGGUCUUAAUCUCUUCCCUUCUCCCUGUUUAUUUCGCUUAGUUUUCAGCAGCAGUAUACCCCAUCUUUAUAUAUCCUAAGAAACACUAAUCCUAGGUUCUUAUUAACCAAAAUAUUUGCAUUCUGAAUAACCAGAAGAUGUGAGGAGCCCUGACUGUAAUUUCCUUAAGUUUACCAGGUUGUGAGCACAGAUGGGGCUCUUGGAUGUUGACUGACUGAGUGCCUGUCCCAGAGGAAGGCAGAAGACCACUCUGGCCUUUCUAGGGAGCCCCUGAUGCUCACCAGGCUUCCAUACCUCUCCCGAGUGGUUUCGCCCCAUCCGUCCCUUGCUGUGCAAGUGGGAGUGAUAGAUUUGCUGUUUGUAGGGGACUGCUUUCCUAGGCUCUGUCUCAUGCUUCCCUCUGGCUUCCUGCACUCCAGGAGACCCAGUGACCUCAUCUGUCACCUUGAGGCACUCCUGGGAAAGGAGUAUGGUGGCUUCAUUGAAUUUGUGGUUUGCUCACUUCUACCCCACCUGUCUGUGAGGUGAUUGCAGGAUGCUACAGUAGGGGGUGACACUAGGGUGAGGGAUUUUUUUUCCCUCGGUGCACUGAGCAGAGGAGGAGGGAGGGAGCCAUGCUGCUGACAUAUUCUGGUAUUCCCCCCUCCUGGAAUAAAACAGCAUCAGAAGGGUAGAACAGUUUCUGCUUAGGUUGCUUGUAAGAUAAAUCCGGAGAAGCACGAUUGUCUAAUUGAACAAUAUUUGAACAAAAAACUACUGUAAAUAACUGGUUUUUGUCUUUUGUCAAAGUUGUUUUGGUUUUGUUUACGUUUAAAGUCAAACUGAAUUCUU